AUGGCAGCAACGGGCUGGGACUCGAGACUGGUUCCAGAUUUGAAGGAUCGGACAAACAUGGAGUGUCUUCCUUUCUCAGUGAUACCCACUGUUCCAGUCAAGGAGGUCCCUAGGCCAAGCCAUGGGGAAGAGACGGGCGAAUCGGAUGAGAAAGACCCGGUGGACUCGUUUUGCCUCGGCGAUUUUUGGAAAGCUUACGAGGAGUGGAGCGCUUACGGCGCGGGCGUUCCGAUAGUGCUGCCUUGCGGCGAAUCCGUGAUGCAAUACUAUUUCCCUUCCUUAUCAGCCAUUCAAGUAUUCACAUACCAGAAGUUUCCGACCCCUCUCAGGUUUUCUGGGGAGGGCUCUUCAAUGGAGUCCGAGAACGAUGCCAUGAGUGACGGAAGCAACAGGAGCGGAUCCUCAGAAGUUCUAAGCCCCGGCUCCCCCGGCAAAAACCUCUUUCAAGACUAUGAUUUUGGGAUGCAAGAAGGGUCAGACCCAGAGGAAAUGCCGAAGUAUCAUCACGGGGAGCUAUAUUUUCAAUACAAUGAGGUGUUGAAUCCUUAUGCUAGAGCCCCCCUCGUUAAAAAGAUUAAAGAGCUGGCAAAGAAGUAUCCUGGCUUGACAACUUUCGAGAGCACGGACCUCACUCCAUAUAGUUGGGUGGCUGUUGCUUGGUAUCCCAUUAUACAGAUACCGGUGAUGAGAAACCAAAAGGAGUUAUCUGCAUCUUUCCUUACUUAUCACAUGUUGUCAUGGUCUACUCAGGGUUUGGAAAGUGUCAUACCAAAAGACAAUCAAAGACUUGAAUGCAUUGUUCCGCCGAAAGUCGAAUCUAAAGCUAUGAAAAGUGGUGACUCGAAGACGUACAACAUCAGAGUUCCUCCGUUUGCGAUGAGCACGUACAAGAUGCACGGAGCAUUUUGGGUCGAUCCAAGGACACUCGAUCGGGAGAUGAUGUUCUCGUACCAGCGGGCCGCUUGGUUUUGGUUGAAGGAACACAAGUUUCAGCACCAUGACUAUAACUUCUUUGUGUCUCGUGGUGCAUGA